AUGGAGGAAGAGGUUUCCAAAGUGGGUCACGAAGAGGUUAAUGUACAUGAGGAAGAAAUGACUGAGAAAGAGCGUUAUGGUGGUAAGGAACAUGAUUAUGGUGGUCACGAACAAGAGGAGGUUAAUGUGGUUGUAGAAGAGGUUGAAAUGGGUGAGGAAGAGGGUGAUGAUAGUGAGGAACAAGAUUCAGAUGUUAAUGUGGCUGUAGAAGAGGUUGAAAUGGGUGAGGAAGAGGGUGAUGGUGGUGAGGAACAUGAUUCAGAUGUUAAUGUGGCUGUAGAAGAGGUUGAAAUGGGUGAGGAAGAGGGUGAUGGUGGUGAGGAACAUGAUUCAGAUGUUAAUGUGGAUGUAAAAGAGGUUGAAAUGGGUGAGGAAGAGGGUGAUGGUGGUAAGGAACAAGAUUCAAAUGUUAAUAUGGUUGUAGAACAGGAUUAUCUUCAUGGUGAAGAGGAAGGGGGAAAUGUGGUUGAGGGGAAAGUAGAAGCUUCAGGUGUAGAAUCUCUGGAUGAUAGUAAAGAAGAAAGAAUGGCAAAUGAUGAUGAUGGGUUUGGUACUCAAAAUGAUAGGUGGAGCAAGAUCGGAUUAAUGAUAGUUUUUGAUGAAAUUUUGAAUGGAGUGGAGCACAGGUUGUGCUUAAGGCAUCUGUACAACAAUUAUAAGAAGAAAUUGGUGGAGGGGUGCUGA